CGCGAGAUAUUUAGAAAGGAAUCGGUAAAGAAGGGAGAACUUAGAAACAGAGAAACGUCAAAAUUCCCAUUAGAAAAUUUGUUUUUGAAAUCGUUGAUCUGAUCAAGAAAGAAAGAAAUUUUCAAUUCAUUCCGUACCCUUCCCAGCUUCGAUAAAAGAUCGCCUUAGCCAGCUAAUUAAAAUGACCGAAGUUAACUUUUCCGCCCGUGCCUACUGCAAGAUUAUGCUGCACGCUGCCAAGUAUCCACAUCUUGCCGUCAACGGGUUGCUACUGGGGGCGAAAGCAAGCGAGUCGCCUACCAAGGUGCUGGAUGCCGUACCGCUGUUCCACCAGUGUCUGCACGUAACACCUAUGGCCGAGAUAGCACUGAUCCAGGUAGAGGCCAAGGCUGCUCGAGAGGGACUGCAGAUUAUUGGUUACUAUGCGGCAGCGGAGAACUUUUACGACAAUAGUUUGGAGAAGGCUCCCGGUGCACGGAUUGCCGACAAGAUAGCAGAGAACGUGUCUGGUGCUGUAUUUGGAGUGAUCGACAACCGGGCCGUUUCGAUAAACAUGCGCUACCCGGCGCUCAAGGUUUGGCAGAACCGUGAAUCCCGUUGGAGCAAGGUUCAGCGCUGUACAGUUGAGGACUCGAAGAACACUUUCGAUGCUGUUAGCAGUCUCUUGCAGCGAGGUGCCAUGAAGGAACUGAACGAUUUCGACAAUUAUUUGGAUAACACGGAAAACGAUUGGAGCAAUGCGCACCUGAAUCGGGACUUGCCUCAAAUUUUGUCUAUGUAUUGAUGAAGUCGAAUGGUGAUCGGGCAAUUUAUGGGUGGUGCAGUUGUUUAUGCCGACUAGAAUCGUAAUUAAUUUUAAAUAUCAAGAAGUUAUAAUUUUACUUCGCUGUACCAAAUAUAUCCUUGUUCCAAACAAAAA